CAUAACAAUAUAGGAUAUAAGCAUACUAACGAAUCUAAGCUUAAGAUUAGUAAACCAGGGAAUUUAAACCCUAUGUUUGGAAAAAUACAUAGCGAAGAAACCAAAGAUAAGAUGAGGAAAAGAAAGAAUAAAUAUCCCUUAGGAGUAGGUAUUUUUGACUUAGAAGGUAAUUUAAUUUCAAAGUUUGAAAAUAAUGUUGAGUUAGCUAAAUAUUUUCAAAUAUCUAAGAUUACAGUAGGAAAGUAUUUGAAUACUAACCUUAUAUAUGAUAACUCUUAUUAUUUUAGAUCUAUAAUAUAUUAA